AAGAUAAUGCUUGUUUUUCCUGAGCCAAGGAAUCCGGUAAAACAGUAAUCUGUAUAGGCGCCAUUGUUUAAAGGGGACCGACUCCCGGACUACCUGCUAGCUAUCUCCAGGCCACAGCGUGAUCGCGGAGUGAAGAUAAGUCGGCGCUUGUUUAAUAUGCGCGGAACCAAUUACAUUUAAUUGAGCGCCGAUUUGGAUCUGUGGCCCUGGACACCCAGUUAUCAUGCCUAAGGCAGCGAACAAGAAACCCCGUUUACGAAACCUGCUGCUCACCCACCAGAAAAACGCCGAGGCUAAUAGGCGCACUGAGGGACGCAAAAAUGCAGUUAGACCCUCAAAAAGAUCCAAAACAAGCGGCUCAGGGUUCCACACGGCCGCGCAGAGCGUCCCUGCGAAGGCCCCAAGCAAGGGGAAGCAAAGUAAAACGAUUCCUUAUUCGGCAGGUGACAGGAUUCUGAUGAUUGGAGAAGGAAAUUUCUCUUUUGCGCUCGCGUUGCUUACGACAGAAACCAUAAAGGCUACGCCAUCACUCCUUGUCGCAACCUCGUAUGACUCCCAAGAUGAAUGUUACACGAAGUAUCCCGAUGCCCAAGAGAUUGUCUCGAAACUUCGCGCUUUUGGCGCGACAGUUUUGUUUGGAAUCGACGCAACCAAGCUUGAUAACCACGAAGACCUGCUUGGGAAGGCAUUUGAUCGCAUCUCUUUCAAUUUUCCUCAUGCCGGAGCGGGAAUUAAGGACCAGGACAGGAACAUAUUAGCGAACCAGAAACUUAUUGUUGGAUUCUUCCAAUCUUGUGCUCCUUUCCUUGCUCGGGGGAAAGUGCCACCCUUCCACAUCUCCCAGACCCCAAAGAAACGGAAGCAUUCGGACAACGAUAGCGACGACAGAGGCAGUGGUGAUGAUGAAUCAUCGGACAGCGACUCAGCAGUGUCCCCUAACAGUGAGCUACAAACGUCAGAGCUACUCGGGAAGACAGGUUUUCGUGGCUCAGUUCUGAUUACCUUGCGCAAUUCCCCCCCAUACACUCUUUGGUACGAAUAUCAUCCCUCCAACAUCCGAUAGUAUCUAAAGUAUUC